CUUUACUUGGAUCUCGUGUUGUUGCACUGCUGUUUGAUGAUCACCAUUCUAACACUGGAAAACAUAUUUUAGUAGUUCAAUUGUAAUCAUUUUAACUGUUAAUUCUGUGAUUGUUUCUUUAUUCUCUUUCUCCCUCUCACUCUAUUUCUUUAUAUUUAUACCUUAGUUAAAGUUUAAUGGUUACAAUUACAAUUAAUUUCCAGCGUAACUACAAUGAAGAAAGGAAAACUUGAAAGUAAAAGUGACAGUAUGAUCUGACCCACAGAGAUUUGGAUUGACCUUUAUUGGUACAUACCAAGCUUUUUCCUCAACUAUCAACUUUCUUCAUUACUUGGAAACAUCCAUAUUAACUUGAUCGUUACCAUUGCUGUCAUCAUCAACAUUUUCAUCGUUAUUUUCAGCCAAACUGUCUUAAAUUGGCAACCUCCACAACAACAGCAACAAAUUCAACAACUGCCUUGUUAUUUUUUCUUCUCUCCACUGGAUCAAAUGGUUAUCAAUAUGAUUAUUUAGUAUUUAUGUUAUUAUAAUUAGUAUUCUCUAUUAACGCCGGUAAUCAAAAAGGAAGAUGAUUUUGUGAUAAAUAACGUCAACCAAACCAAUUUAAUUGUUAAUCUAUUUUGUAUCAUUUUUGUUUCGCCACUUCUACACUCUACUUCAACUUCCAUUGUAAUAGAGUUCAUCUGUGUUUGUUGAAUUUGCCUCUUUUUUUCUCGCAACCUUUUUUUGUUUUAUUAUCUUCAGCAAUCGACAACCAUCAAUUGAAACAAGCAAACCUUUAUUGGCCAACAUUUAAACGCAUGGUAAUCAAUCAACAAUUGAACUUUUCUAAUCCAGCUCUCGGUGAUCAAGGAAACAAGUAAAAUUUGAUGAAAAAUCAAAGGCAAACCAUGUUCUUCUCUUGUUGACUCAACAUUUUUUCGCUUUGUUACCCAUUCUGGUUGUUUUCCUGGUUUUUUUACCAUUUUUUGUUUUCAUGCCAUGAUAUUUAAUAUUAUUUAAUAGUGAUGUCUUUAAUUAUAAUGGACAAAAGUGAUAUUUUUAGUGAUUUACUUGAAUGUUCCGUAUGCUUUGAGCAAUUAGAUUAUACCUCAAAGGUAUUACCCUGUCAACACACCUUCUGUAAAAGAUGCCUUGAGGAGAUUGUUCACGCUCACAAAGAAUUACGAUGUCCAGAAUGUCGAAUCAAAGUUGAUAUUAAAGUGGACGAUUUACCAAGCAAUAUAUUGCUCAUUCGACUUCUUGAAGGACUCAAAAACAAUUCAAAACUAGCAUCCAGAAGUUUAUCUAAAAAUGGUAAUGAAAUUGGCCAUUAUAACAAUGAAUUGAACCAGACAAGAUCAACAUUGAAUACUUUGAAUAACACCAACAAUCGGAUUAAUCAAUCAUCAUUUUACAGUAAUGAGCAAAUCUCUCAAUAUCAAUCUACAAAUGAAAUUGGCGUUUCCUCGCUGAAACUAGACUCUUCACUGCCCUCAACACACAGCCAACAACCAGCAUCCUUUAGUCAGACCAAGAAUAACGUAAAUAUCGUUAAACAACAACAGUCAAUAUUAUCAUCAACCUCACCAACAGCAACAACAGCAACAUCAUCAUCAACACCAGCCACAACAACAACAACCUUAACGUCCUGUUCAUCACAAGGAGGAACCUCAUCACCAUGUAUUACUCGUGCCAAAGCUCUUUACACAUAUGAUGGCAAGGAACAAGGAGAUUUGUCUUUCAAUAAAGGAGAUUUAAUUUUGAUUCGUCGACGCAUCGAUUCAAACUGGUUUCAUGGUGAAUUCAAUGGGAAACAAGGGUUUCUCCCUGCAAGUUAUGUUACCCUUUUGGCUCCAUCACCAAUCCCACCUCAAUGUAAAGCUUUGUACGAUUUCAGGGUAACCGAUGUUGAAGAGAAGGAUUGUUUACCAUUCAACAAAGGAGACAUGAUUACAGUAAUUAGACGAGUGGAUGAAAACUGGGCUGAAGGAAGGUUAGAAGGUCGAAUCGGUAUAUUUCCGAUUACAUUUGUGGAAAUGAAUCCGUCUGCGCAAACCCUGUUGAAAUUAAAGACAACAGCCAAUUUCCCUGAAACUCGGGCAAUAGCUGGAUGUUUACGAGGUUUACCUCCGCUAACGGGAUCGUCUUCACCUUCAUCCGCAUCGCCCUCAUCAACAACAACUACUACCACCACUUCAACUGGUUUAACAUCAGGAGAUGGUUCAAAUUACUUGGAGGACUCCAAUGGAUCGUCUUCAUCAACCUCGAGUUGCACCACAAGCCCAACAUCAUUACUUUGUACCCAAUCCUCUUCCUCUUCAUCAUCCUGUUCUUUAGGUCUUCCCUUGACAUCUCCAUCCAAUGGAAUCUACUCUUUUCUUUCCAGUUCAACGGCACCAUCACCGGUAGCAUUAAAAAACAACAGCAACACUAGCAACCCACCAUGCUCAGUAUCAAAUGUCAACCCUUGUUUCAACUCUAUUGGCUCAUCUUCCUGUCUAUCUUCAACAGCCCCCAUCAUAGCUUCCAGUGUCAAAAGUCAACCCAUUUACCAAACAUCUCAAGCAGUUGUUCAACCAACCCAUAGAUCUUCAUCUUCGGCUGUCUCUGCUGUCACUUCUGCCGCUUCCCUUUCCCAUAAAAGACACUCCUUGUGUAUACCUCAAGGAGUAUCACUUUGUUUACCACCAUCAUAUCAAAAGUUGAAUCCUCUCACUGGACCGGACACUGUAACCUCUAAUGGACUAGCAUCGGGUUCAAUCUCGGCCAACAACACUAGCCAUCAUCGACACUCUAUGGAGUUGCUCACCGAGUUUAAUGCAAAUGGUAAUGAGACUUGGUCAAAUGGUGGUGAAUUAAAUCGAAACUCUGGUGCUCGAAGUAGUUGGAGACGAGAAACAAGUCUUCUUGAAACAAGAUGUCCUGUAAUGGCCUUUCCCUCGAUGCCCACUUGUUACAUUGCUCUGUACAAUUAUACACCACAAAAAAAUGACGAGUUGGAAUUGAGAAAAGGUGAAUUGUAUACAGUUAAUGAAAAAUGUCAAGAUGGUUGGUUCAAAGGAACUUGCUUGAAUACAAAACUCUCUGGAGUUUUUCCAGGAAAUUAUGUGCAACUAGCAAAAAACUCGAUGACCCAAUCCCCAUGCAAUCCAGUUAAUCGUCUUGAACCAGUUUCCGAUGGAUUAUUACCAAUCUCUCAAUCAACUUCAUCCACGUUUACCAAUAAAGAAAGCUCAAUCAAUAUGAAGCCAACAUUGCCACCUCCACCAGCAAAACUUAAUUCAGACAAUUUACCCGGAUCUACGGCACUUUCACCAACCCUGCAACCUCCACCCAUACCUCCUUCAUCAUCAUCUACCAAUUCAAUUUCAAAUGGUUCUAAAUUUCAAAACUAUGCACGGCCAAGACCAAUCUCUGAAUGUCUCACUAGUCCAACCAAUAACGUGAAUAGCAAAGAUACCUGUAAUAACAAUAACAAUCAGAAGGCUGGUAAAAAACAAAGCUUCUGGUCCAAGCCACCUCAAAGGCCUCCUCGACCAUCCGCGAUCUCGCUAACGGCAACCUCUGAAAAUGAUAAACUAGCCAAUGUUGAAAAAACCAAUGAAUCUUCACCCAAAAGCACAUCACCUCAAUGGCAUAAGCCUAAGGUUGCUGCUACUCGAACCUUAACCGGAUCAUCAUCAUCAGCUUCAUCAGCCUCAUUUGGAUCCUUGUCAGACAGCGGAUUUACUGGUAACAACAUUUCAAGUGGCUUAAGUAGUACUAGUAACAAUAAUAAUAAUAAUGGUAAACCGUUUGUUAUAAAUGCACCAAGAGCAUCAUCCUCCUGUUCAUCAGUCACUGAACGAAAAGAGCCCAAAAAAGAGCGAAUCAGUUUAAUGAGAAGAUGGACUUCAGGAAAAAAGAAAUCGAAAUCACCUCCGCCAAAUGCCAAUGGUUUCUCCUGUGAUAACCCGACCUUUGUUGAUACAUCUCCAUCUCAAAACAACACCGUAUUAUCCAAUCCCGGUACAAGUAAUUCAUUAACCAACAUUUCCCAUGUACGCUCCGGUUCAUGUCCUAGUGAGGCAUUGAAUAACCAUUCUCAUCACCAUUCCCACUCUCACCAUCAUCACCAUCAUUCAUCGAAAUCUGGUGGAAUUGGAGGAUUAAUUUCUCAAUCAUCAACCAUUUAUCGAGAACGAUAUCGAUGUAUAGUGCCUUAUCCUCCACACACUGAUUACGAGCUUGAACUACAAAUCGGCGAUAUUGUUUACGUGCUCAAAAAACGAGAAGAUGGCUGGUAUAAAGGAACCCUUCAACGAACUGGUAAAACUGGACUAUUUCCCGGCAGUUUUGUUGAAGCCUUUUAAGUCACACGAUGGUGGACCAUUCAAUUUAAUUGAAUAUCAAUGAUUGAAACCGAUAAUCACUUCACCUUUCUAUUGAGGUGAAUCCAAACUCGAGAGACAAAAUGUGAUUGUCUAUUGCAAUUCAAUAUUAUUAGUGUUUUAUUAGGAGACUUAAUUACUACUUUAUUGACUCUUUGUAUCUCUUACAAUCCAAUUAUUGUGCUUCUAAUCACUGUUGAUUACGAAGAUGGAAACACACACACACAUACAAUUAGCGAACAAAUGCCAUAUUUGAUAUUUUGUAAAACAUACUUUAUGAAGUGUCAAUCUCUUGCCCAGUGACCAUUAAUCAAUUACCAACUUGGCUAACCAAAAAGAAUCACACGUCCUUAUGAUUGUUCAUUUAAUACAACCGCAAAUCAAUUAUAUAAUUGUAUUAAUAUUGUAAAAUUAUUAUGUAUAAGAAUAUCCAUCAAUUUUGAUUCCGACAUUCAACUCUUUAUUUCAUGGACUUGCUUCUGUUUACUAACUAACCCAACUCUGUUUUUGAUUCUCUGUAAAACCUACCGUACUGAAUUUGAUAAUUAUGAUGAAUACAAUUUCAAAUUCAAGUGUUUUUGAUUUGAAAUGUUUUUUCACACAUUUUUUUAUUUGUAUAAUUAACUAUGCCUUUCAUAUUCGUGAUUGAUUGAAUGUUUGUAUUGGUUUAAGAAAAAAAACACUCUCACUGAUUAUCUUUGCAUUCCUACUUCCAGUUUAAACCUAAAAUGGAUUACCCCGUAAUAUUCAGAUCAAUGGAUUAAUCAACAUGAAUACCCUUUCAAUUGAUUAGAUUGUUUCACUUUUCUUUUGCUAACUUUCUGAUUACAAUUAAUAUUGCUAUUUUACAAA